AUGGCUGAUGAAAACUACACAAGUAUCACAGAGUUUAUUUUUGUAGGUUUAAAGUACCAUCCUCAGUUGCAAGUCUUCCUUUUCUUGCUCUUUUUACUGUUUUACCUCGUUACUAUGACAGGAAACUUGGGCAUGAUAAUCCUCAUUCGCAUCGAUGCCCGCCUUCACACACCCAUGUACUUUUUCCUCAGCCACUUAUCCUUUGUGGACAUCUGCUUUUCGUCAGUUGUGGGUCCCAAGAUGCUCACUGAUUUCUUUGCGGAAAAGAAAACCAUCUCUUUCGUGGGAUGCAUCCUACAGCAGUGGUUCUUCGGGUUCUUUGUGGCCAUCGAGUGUCUCCUCCUGGCGUCCAUGGCCUACGACCGUUACGUGGCCAUCUGUAACCCUCUACUGUACUCGGUGGCCAUGUCCCGGCGACUCUGCGUCCAGCUGGUGGUUGGACCCUACACCGUUGGGUUCCUGAACACCAUGACGCACACCACAGCUGCCUUUAGACUUCCCUUUUGUCGCUCCAAUGUCAUCAACCACUUCUUCUGUGACAUGUCCCCCAUCCUUUCUCUCGUGUGUGCUGACAUCCGGAUCAACAAGCUGUUAGUUUUCAUUGUGGCGGGAGCUGUGCUAAUUGUCAGUAGCUUGACCAUCAUCAUCUCCUACUUUUUCAUCCUCAUCGCCAUCCUGAGGAUCCGCUCUGCGGAGGGGCGGCGCAAAGCCUUCUCCACCUGCUCUUCUCAUAUCACGGCUGUGUCCAUCCUCUAUGGGACGCUCUUUUUUAUUUAUGUGAGGCCAGGUGCCAUUUUCUCUCUGGACCUCAAUAAAAUGGUGUCUGUGUUCUACACAGCAGUCAUCCCCAUGUUGAAUCCCCUCAUCUACAGCCUGAGAAAUAAAGAGGUGAAAGCCGCCAUGCUAAGGACCAUCUCCAGGAGGAAGUUUUGCUUAGGAAGUUAA